GUGGAGCACGGCGCCAUGACAUCAGACGCCGAAAGGGGCGGAGCCGUGAGAGGAAGGAGGAGGGAAGCGGGACUUCAACAUGGCGGCUGUGGUACUGGCGGAGGCUACGGUGACGGCCUGGCCUGGGGCGGCCAGAGUUGGAGGUGGUGGCGUUCGCUCUCCCUAGGAGCCGUCAGGAGCUCAGCGGGGACCGAGCCUGGGAGGCCGGUCGGCGGCAGCACCUUUCGGCUUCUGGGACGGCAGAGGCGGCGGCGUUCAGGUUCUAAAUGGCUUCUAAGAAGUUGGGUGCAGAUUUUCAUGUAUGACUUCUCUUUGGAAAAGAAAACCAUUGAGUGGGCCGAAGAUAUUAAGAAAAUCCAAGAGGCCCAAUGGGAAGCAGAACGCAAGGCUGAGGAAGCAGAAGCUAAAGUGAAUUCUAAGAGUGGCCCAGAGGGAGACAGCAAACUGAGCUUCUCCAAGACUCCCGGUGCAGCCAUAAUGCCACCUCCUAUCAAUCCCAUCCUUGCCAGCUUACAGCACAACAGCAUCCUCACCCCAACUCGGGUCAGCAGCAGUGCCACGAAACAGAAAGUUCUCAGCCCUCCCCACACAAAGGCAGAUUUCAAUCCUGCUGAUUUCGAGUGUGAGGAAGACCCAUUUGAUAAUCUGGAGUUAAAAACUAUUGAUGAGAAGGAGGAGCUGAGAAACAUUCUGGUAGGAACCACUGGACCCAUCAUGGCUCAGUUGUUGGACAGUAACUUGCCUAGAGGCGGCUCAGGGUCGGUGUUACAGGAUGAGGAGGUCCUGGCAUCCCUGGAGCGGGCAACCCUAGAUUUCAAGCCUCUUCACAAACCCAAUGGCUUUGUAACCUUACCACAGUUGGGCAACUGUGAAAAGAUGUCGCUGUCUUCCAAAGUGUCCCUCCCCCCUAUCCCUGCAGUAAGCAAUAUCAAGUCUCUGUCGUUCCCUAAACUUGACUCUGAUGACAGCAAUCAGAAGACAGCCAAGAUGGCAAGCACUUUCCAUAGCACAUCCUGCCUCCGCAGUGGCACGCUCCGGAAUUCCCUAAAGCCUUCCACCCAAAGCAGUGCCAGUGAGCUCAAUGGGCAUCAUACUCUUGGGCUUUCAGCUUUGAACUUGGACAGUGGCACAGAAGUGCCAACCCCAACCCCUUCCCAGAUGCCUUCCCUCUCUGUCUUGUCUGUGUGCACAGAAGAAUCAUCACCUCCAAAUACAGGUCCCAUGAUCACACCUCCUAAUCUUUCAAUGUCACAAGUGCCCAAUACUCCCAGCUGUCCCCAGGCUUAUUCUGAACUGCAGACGCUGUCCCCCAGUGAGCGGCAGUGUGUGGAGACAGUGGUCAACAUGGGCUACUCGUAUGAGUGUGUCCUGAGAGCCAUGAAGAAGAAAGGAGAGAAUAUUGAGCAGAUUCUCGACUAUCUCUUUGCACAUGGACAGCUCUGUGAGAAAGGCUUCGACCCUCUUUUAGUGGAAGAGGCUCUGGAAAUGCAUCAGUGUUCAGAGGAAAAGAUGAUGGAGUUUCUUCAGUUAAUGAGCAAAUUUAAGGAAAUGGGCUUUGAACUGAAAGACAUUAAGGAAGUUCUGCUCCUACACAACAAUGACCAGGACAAUGCUUUGGAAGACCUCAUGGCUCGGGCAGGAGCCAGCUGAGAUAGGCCUUGCCUAGGCCCUACCAUGGAACCACCCCUGCCAGAGGCCCUGAGCAGCCCAUCUGUGGGGAAGGAGAAGGGGUACACUUCUGGAUUUUCUUUUGGGGGUGGAAGGUCAGGUGUGGAGACGGUGCUCGCCAGGUCUCUAUGAGCCGAGGCCCUGAGCUGGGGAGAAAGUGGGAAAGAUUUGGGCAGGCUCAUGUGCCCAGAACUGUCCUGGCUCCUUCCAUAUUAAAUGUAUUUGUAUUUUGAGAAGUGUCCUUCCCACCUUGGCCCUCCAGAGAGACUUCUCUGGUCUUUCUGGGGUCUAUUUGGCCUCAACCGGAACCCACCCCAGCUGCCAGAAGGAGCUGGGGAGAAGGGGUGGGAGGGCCAGACUCAGUGCUGCUUAGGGGCUAGAUGUUUUCCUCCUCUGCAAGGGUGGACUGACCUCUAAUCCAGGUUGAGUGCAAUUGAGAGGUUCUUCCAGGGUUUUGUUUUUUUCCCCCUUCAUGUCACUUAGUGUUACACUGGUUCUGCAAUGUCUCUGAGGUGCAAAGAAUGCCCUUUCCCCUUGGGGCCCUAGUUUGCCUUUUCUGCUAGGCAAUUGCAUUACUUUCCUUCCCCAGCCUGUUUCUUUUGGUCUGGUUGAGACCACAGUUGUCUGCUACCCAGGAUUUUAGAGCCCCCUUGUUCUAGGAACAGUUGUCAUUUUAAGAAAUCAUUGGCCCCUUCCCAGUGCAUCAAGUGGGGAAGAAAAAAACAGGCGGUGAUUUGGUCACUCAGCACUAACUCCACCUCAGUUCUCCCUGGAGAACAGCCUCUCCCUCCAGCCCUUUGCUCUAGGAUGACACAGUAACACCUAGUCAUAGAAAUCCGUCUCUUUGUUUUGUAUUAUGUUGUACAUCAUUAAAGAUCUAAAUACAGAGGAUAUACAGUCUUGAUGAAUCUAAUGUAAUUUGCUAACUAUUUUCAUUCUUCAGAGAGAACUACUAAUAAAAAUCUAAAAGGUA